CUCCCCUCACCCCGCCCCCUCCCGGGCGGCCGCGGAGCGUGGGGGCGGGGCUGUGGGCGGGGGGCGGGGCCGCGGGCGGGGGCGGCCUGGCGCUGCAGGCUGGGCGCCGCGGCGGAGCUGCUGGUGGACCUGCGGCGGGCUCGGGCGCGGAGCGGGAGCGCGCGGCGCGGAGCAACCCGGAGCCGCGCGGGCAGAGACGAGCCGGCGGGUGGCGGAGGCUCCCAGCCCAGCCGGUGCAGGGCCUCUGGCCGAGCGGCGGCCGAACGGGGCCUCGGGGAGCCCGCUGCGGCGGGUGGCAGGAGGAAGCGGCAGCGGCGCGUCCCUGGAGGAGCGCGCCAUGGCGGGCGGGCCCCCCAAGGCCCUGCCGUCCACGGGGCCCCAGUCCCUGCGCGACAUGCCGCACCCGCUGGCCGGCUCCAGUAGCGAGGAGGCCGUGGGUGGCGACAGCACGCCCAGCCCGGACCUGCUGAUGGGCCGCAGCUUUGGUGACAAGGAUCUUAUUUUGCCCAAUGGUGGAACUCCAGUAGGCACUUCCAGCCCAGCUUCUUCAUCUUCCCUCCUCAACAGACUCCAACUUGACGAUGACAUCGAUGGUGAGACCCGAGAUCUCUUUGUCACAGUUGACGAUCCCAAGAAGCAUGUGUGUACGAUGGAGACCUACAUCACGUAUAGGAUCACCACCAAAAGUACUCGGGUGGAAUUUGACCUGCCGGAAUAUUCUGUUCGACGAAGAUACCAGGAUUUCGACUGGUUGAGGAACAAACUGGAAGAAUCCCAGCCCACUCAUCUCAUUCCCCCGCUGCCUGAGAAGUUUGUGGUGAAAGGUGUUGUGGAUCGUUUUUCAGAAGAGUUUGUGGAGACCAGAAGAAAAGCUUUGGAUAAAUUCCUAAAAAGAAUUACAGAUCAUCCUGUGCUCUCCUUCAAUGAGCACUUUAAUGUUUUCCUUACUGCUAAGGACCUGAAUGCCUACAAGAAGCAGGGGAUGGCAUUGCUGACCAGAGUGGGCGAGUCGGUCAAGCAUGUCACCGGCGGCUACAAGCUGAGGACUCGGCCUCUUGAAUUUGCAGCCAUAGGUGAAUACUUAGACACGUUUGCUCUCAAACUGGGGACCAUUGAUCGAAUAGCUCAGCGGAUCAUCAAAGAAGAAAUAGAGUACCUUGUAGAGCUGAGAGAGUACGGACCUGUGUACUCUACAUGGAGUGCAUUGGAGGGGGAGCUGGCUGAGCCCCUAGAAGGUGUGUCAGGUUGCAUUGGGAACUGCUCUACAGCCUUGGAAGAGCUGACGGAUGACAUGACCGAAGACUUUCUACCUGUGCUCAGGGAAUAUAUUUUAUACUCUGACUCCAUGAAGAGUGUACUGAAGAAGAGAGACCAAGUUCAAGCGGAGUACGAAGCCAAACUGGAAGCUGUGGCUCUGAGAAAGGAGGACCGCCCCAAGGUGCCAGCAGAUGUUGAGAAGUGUCAGGAUCGGGUGGAGUGUUUCAACGCUGAUCUGAAAGCUGACAUGGAGAGGUGGCAGAACAAUAAGAGGCAGGACUUCCGGCAGCUGCUCAUGGGGAUGGCCGACAAGAACAUCCAGUAUUAUGAGAAGUGCCUCACGGCGUGGGAGUCAAUUAUUCCACUACUGCAGGAGAAACAAGAGGCCAAGUAAGUUGCUUUUGGGAACAGAGACUUUCUACCUACACAGGGCAUGGCACCCCUUCCUGGAACGUCCCUGCAGUGCCGGAGAAGCAGCGCUGGGAAGAGCGCCGCUACAGAAGCGUCUCUCAAUUGUGUUGUUCCCUCCCCUCCGCUUCACCCCACCGUUGUUUUCAAUUAGUAUUUAUUCCUUGGGGGAUUCUGGGAGGCCAGAAUCAUCUCUCAGCUAACGUAGCACACCUCCGGGGCCUGAAGGAGCCUGCCCAGCUGAGCGCUGUGAAGAGCCACGGCUGAGGGUCGGGAACCCGCAGAAGAGCCCUGACAUUUCACGACAGUUUCCUCUCUGGGGGUUUCCUCACCUGUUGUAGGAGAGAACCCAUGUCCUGCUUUCUAAGGACUCAAGGAGGCAGAAAAAGAAGGCAGCGGUUGCCUUUUGUGGAGAGGCAGCGGCUCUGGAAUUGAGCUCUGUGGACAUGGAUCUGUCUCAGUCUAGAAGGAGGUGUGGGCGCCUCCGUGGAAAGUCCUUCAUGUACAGUGGCCUGUAGCUGUGAGUGUGGCCUGCUGCCUGCUUGUGACGAGUGAUACCUAUUUUAUUGUUUCUGUUUCACGUAGGGACAUUUGAAUCAGUGUCAAUGUGCAUCCGCGCCUGAGGGAGCAGCCCCGGUCCUUGUCCUCACGCUGAUGCCUUGGGGAACUGAGGGGCCUGCUCUCUGGACUGGCUUCUGACAUGAGAAUGCAAUAGAUGGGAAAAUUUUUGUGUAAAAUGAAAAAAAGGUGCAUCUUUCUCCAUGAAGGUCUUCAGUGUUUUUCUUUUGCUUGUUAAUUGUCAUCAGAGCAGGGAUUAGGUCCGUUAGGGAGUAUCUGUCAUCGUGAAGUCUGAGAAGCUCACUGCGGUUGCCGAGAUCAGUGGGCAUAUACCAAACCCCACCUCCAGUGUCUGCUUUGUGCAAUUUGCCUUUACCUCACCAAAAAGAGCUAGUUGGAUAUUUCCUACUGUGUCCACUGAAUGUUCGGGCAAGCUUUGGGUGAGCGGGCUGGUAUGUCGUGUUGUUAUAACUGUUACAGCUGAAAUCUGUAAACUCAUGUGAAUGUUCUACAUAAAGUGCUUUAACCCUUAACAUUUCCUGAUCAAGAAGAAAAGUCAGAACCUGGACAAGCCUCGAAGAUAACAAGUGUGACCGUGAACUCUUUGCUUCUAAGUUAAGCUAAAAUCUCCUCACCUGGUAGCCACGUUCUUGGGGACUGCUGGUUGUGUUUAAAGUCUUCAUUUCAAACUAUCACCAGGUUUACUUUUCAAAUCACAAAACAGUCAAUAAGGCUCUAUCUUCUCGCUCAUUUUUUCCCUCCUGAAAUGAAGCUACUCAAUUUCAUAUUUGCGUCCUUUAUUCUGCAGCUCAUCCCCAUAAAACUAAAAUCUGAGCCUAAUAAACAGUAGAGGUUCUUUGUUUUUAAUGAAACAGCUGUGGUGAGACACUGCUUCUGCAAGUUCACCUGCAAAUACUGGCCAAGACGCAUGUUGGAGUCACUUCAUCCCUCUCCUAACUGCAGGGUAGACCUUGCAUCAGCCACAGCUGUGGUUCUGUCGGUACAGCAGUUGAACAGCACAGACCAGUUCGGUUCUGUUUCAUCGAGUUUGACAACACCGCAGUUUAAAUGAUAAUUCUUACAUCAAUUGGUACUUGCCUGUACUGUCAAACCCUAUUUGUGCCAUUCCAAAAUCUUUUGAUGUGAAUUUUCAGUUCGGUACAAUUAGAAACAAUUCAUUGGAGCAGAAGGGUAAGAACAACCUGUCUACCCCCGAGUGGUGACUCAGCAUUUCACUCUACCUCUAAGCCGUGGUGCUGGUGUGGGGAUGGACACUAGGUCCGACUUGCCGCUGUGCUGGGAGGAUCAGAGUGUGUGUCUAAUAGUGAGCUCACAGUCCCAUGCUGCUCUUGGGCAGAAGAUACGAGACCAACCCAACAGCAAAUGCUCAUCUUUGGGGGACACGUGAAGCUUCCACCUGUGGAAGACGUGCUUUAAAAAUGUUGUCCAGGGUCCUGAAUGCUUGGAAUGAAUUGUGGAAAGAGUUAUAGGAAAUCACCUGCUAGUUGCCAAAGCCCCAAAGCAUUCCCAUGUAAUGGUUAGUUGGGAAAGAAGGAAGCAUUCCCCCCCCGACCCCCUCCCCCGCCAAAAAAAAAAAACAACAAUCACCAGGUUUCUCCUGAGGAGAUGGGGAGAGGGGCGUGGCUUGCACAGUCAUUCCCUGUCCUCAUGGGAGGGCAGAAAACUGGCUCUGAAGGGAUCCAGGGAUCCAAGGAUUCUGUCUUUCUCUAUUUGUUUGGUCCCCAUGUGAUGCCCUGUGCUUUAAAGAUACCAGAAAGAGCUGGAACAAGGUGCACUUUCUGUCUUCCAGGCGUGCUGUUGAUAGCAAAGCCAGGAAAACCAGUGUACUUUACCGACUUCCUUGGAGAAAUGGUCCUGGCAGAGAAGAGACUCUUGUCCCCUGCCUUCAGGCUGGCAUCCAAGGGAUGAGGAGGCUACCCCAAGGAAGGGGACAGUAGGUAGUCCCUUCCCACCCCCUGGCUUCCUUGGGCCUCUGAGCAUCAACAGCCCCAAGCAUUUGCCUCUUUCUCUGGAUCAAGUGCAGAAGAGACUUCCUAGAAGUGUCACUUGGAGACUUUGGUGCCAAAGACUACCUUGGAGAGGUUUCAUCACCUAAUCCUUCCUGGCUCCACAAAAUAGUGGCCCUGAGAUCACUGACUUCUAUCUUACAUUUAUUUUUCAUAAGGUUUUUCCUUGAAGGUACCCUUUACCUCAGGCAGACGGACAUAGACAGGUUUCAAAGCUUGAGCACAUGGCAGUGGGUGGCGAGUCCUCCGUAGCAAUUGCCCUGGGCCUGGGAAAUGAAACGUUUCAUUGACCUAGGUUAAGAAUCCAGGCUGAGUCAAGAGAGCGGAUUCUGAGAAACUGAGCAGAUUUUAGAGAUGUAAAUGAUGUUUGUGAUUUGUAGCAAGUAUGGACAUUACUCUUCCUUAUUUAUGCCGUAGAUCCCCAAGAAUAUUCUAGGCUAUUCUGCUCCAAAGCAAGGAAUCACUGCCCCUUAACUGAGGAGGAAGGCUCUACCCAUCCAGGUUUGGGGCUGGGUCUUAUCCUUUAAUGAGGCUUUAUAAUGAUUCCUGGUGAGCUUAACGUGUGACCGUGGAGGUAAGUAGCUCUGUGUUUCAGCAGGACAUUCAUUCAACUGACCAGACACCUUUCUUUCACUGAAAUAACAGACCAGCAUGACACUAGGUAUCGUGGUGAAUAUAGAAUAGGUCUGUUUUGAUGCCCAAUUUCAGCCCUACCCGGAGAAGCAUAUCCCAGUAAGAUGAUGUUGAGUUGAAUGUGUUUCCUCCCAUUGUGAAAUUUAGUGCAUACCUGCUGCUCUCUGCUCAUGAGGCCAUCUUUUGUAAUCCAAAGAUGGGACCUUCUGCUUUAGAAGAGGGAAUGAUGACAAUGUGGUAGUCAGCAAGUGGAGUUUCUCUCCUGGGGUGUCGCCCAAGGAGCAUCCAGAGUCUGUGUGACUUGGCACUAUGCUCUAUCCUGAGCCUGGGAGAGAGGAGGGGCAGACGUCAGGGGUGGCCUCCGAGGGCUGCGCUGGCCUCUUCAGUGCUGGUGUCCAGGUGGGCAUGAGCUGGGCUUUGCCCCGGCUCGUUGGUGUUGCUGGCUGCUCCACGGGGCGGCUCCUCUCCGAUGGGCUGCCUGUGGUCAGGGCAGGACACACCUGUGUGGACCCCACCUUCCCAGAUGCCUACUCUAAGGGCCUGUGGAAACAGGGUCAUCACUUAUAUGGCCGGGGUAGCACUGCUCUGGCCACUCUCAUUUACAAAAUCAUGAUGUGAAUUUGGAUAUGCUGCUCACUCAGAAUGGCAAGAGAUUGGGCGUACUGUCUCAUUUCUUAUGUCUUCUCUGUUCGGGUAGCAGCUGGGUGGCAUUUUUCAGUCAAUUUGCGGGAGAUGUUCUCUCCUGGGCCAGCCUUACAGAUUGAGUUGAGUAUGUUGAAGUUGUUCUCUUUGUGGUUUUUUAAUUCAGUAAGUUCAUCAGGAACUCAAUUUUUCACCAACCACCCUAUAGGUUGUCGGGUUUUUUUUUUCUUGUUUUGAGUUUAUCUGGUCACCCUAUAGUUACUUGGUGUGUCAGGGGCUGUCUGUGUUAGACAGGUGGGUGGUGGCUUUGUUGCUGGGGGAUUGACUGUUCUUUCUUAAUCACUGGUGUGUGAAGUGUAACCUGGGUAUGACCGUCUUUCUAAACCUUUUUAUGGGGCAGAAAAAUAAAUUAUCCAGGUAGUUUUUGCUACUAUAGCCAGUAUGUAAAUAAGUGCUUUGAAAAAAAUCACUUUAACAAACCGAUAAGAAAUUUGUCUCGUACAUAAACAUUCUGUAUAUUUAGCACUUAAAAAUCAACAAAUCCAGUAUUUUAAGGAUGCCACAGACUGUUACCUGUCCAGCCCUGCUUUUUGAGAAUUUGUCCACACUUACUAAUAUGCCUUAUUCUUUAGUGUUUUUAAAAUUCUGGGUAGAAAGAAUUUUAGAGAUAUAAUCAGUUGUUUAGUUUAAACAAUAGAUACCCAACAUAGUCCUCAGUCCUCUUAAGCAAGAAAGUGAAGGUCAUCACGAGGGUUGCCUUCUGGGAGGAGAAAACUAAGUAUUGCUACUGCCAAAUGAUAUUUUUGAUAAUGUAAGAAAACACAGGGACCAUAGAACUACUUUUUUUAAGUGUGAAAGAUUAAUUUCAUGCCUGUUGGCAUACUUUCGAUUUUAGAGUAUACAGUAUCAGCAUGGACAAAUCAUAUAGCUACAAGGUACUCUAUAGAUUAUGACAAUAUUAAAGGUUGACCUUGAUCCUGUAGAACAACUUUUUAAGAUGCUGUGGGGACCUCAGAGCAGCAUGUUUCAGGUAGAAAUUCUCCACAGGUUGAAAUGCCAAAAACAUAUAAAACCCAUUAUGUUGACUCACGUCCAUUUUAGCAGAGCUGUUACUAUUAAAACCAGUGAUGAAGAGUAUUGUUUGUGUACCUCUCCCCGAAGCCCUACCCCCUCACCAGGUGAGUCUGGGCCCUCUGUGAGCUGGGUCACAGCAGGUGACUCCUGUCACAUCCCUGUUGGACAGGCUCGUUCACAGUCUUACGCCAACCCUUCAUUCAGAAAUGAUACUGGAAGGAGGAAGUGGGAAGGGCUUCGUAUGCAAAUGAGGAGAGAGGAAAAUAGACUCAAAAAUGUGAAAUCAGUAUGGCAAAGCACUGGCUCUGUCAUCUGGGCCUUCAUUGAAUAACAAACCAGCAUCUCUUAACAGUCAGCACUGUUCAUGUGGACACCCCUGAGGUUUUGGUUCUGUCCAGUCAAUUCCCUGUCCCUUGUACUUCUGUGUGCCUGUCCCCGUCCCCUCUGAGUUGGGAAUGCGUCGGGAGAUGACAUCCAUCUGAUACAUUCCCAUACGAGACACUGCCAGCAGACUUUCUAACUUGCAUUUUAAUUGUUAAAGAUGAGAUUUUAAAAACCUUUUGGUUAGAAUAUGUCCAAAUUACAGACUGUAUUUCUUAUUUUUAGAAAUCAUUCCUUAUGUUUUAAGAUUAAAAGGAAAACAAAAUCCACCUUCUGAGAUAUCGAUAGUCCUAUGUGUAAAUGUUAUCUUCUCUCUUCGCUGCCAUUAAGCCAAAAUAAAAGCUGUGAAAAAAAAGUACUCGAGGAAAUAUGUGUUGAUAAGUGAUUUACCUUUGUUUCAUGAAGCUACCAACCUUUACACAGAACACGCCUUUUUGUCUUUGUUACGAAACCUAGAGAUUGUAAAAUGGGGGUGGUGGUGUUUUUGUUGAACUUUUGAUGCUGGCACAAUGCUUUUGUCCACUUUUUUUUUUUGUCAUAUUUUGGUGUAUAAAAAAUUCUGUUGUUUACUAUGGAUUACUCUUACAUUUUGAGGUGAACAAAAGAAUUUGUAUUGCUUGAUAAACUAUUAGCUUGUAAAAUUUUAAAAAGUUUCUUUACCUCAAUUAACUUAAUGGACCAAUAAAACUAUAAAAGAUGC